AUGUAUCAUGAUAGGAAAGCCGGACUGGCGCACGAUCCUGAGCAUGCCUUUAAACUGCCAAAAUUACGAUUGGAGUGUCGUGAGAGUAGUACCCAUAGAACAUUGCCAGGAAUUAACGAAUUGAUCAAACACGUUCAAAUUACUCGGCUAGACCGUCCGUCGCCGGUUUUCGGAGAUAAUCAGCACCGGACACUGCCAGAGCCAAAUAAUUUUGGCAUUCAGGAGGACAGAUUCUGGAACAAGGGGCAAUUCCUCAACGGACGGCGUCGAAUAAACGGUGCUAAGACUUGUCUCGUGCGAUGCAUAGAUUCACGCGGCGUCACGGGCGCUUCUCAGGCGUCAGCGAAAUCUGAGAAAUUCUUCGGUGACAGAAAACCUGCACCCAAAGGUGAGAGCGAUACCCGGUGGGGGCGAGUGGUGAAGCCUGGAAUGCAGUUGAUUGAAGCGGCCAAACUGGUGGAGUCGUCGUCGAGAAAUGAAAAAGGUAUGAAGAAAGGUAAAAGUCGCGCUGAGAGAAUCAUUAAACUUAAUGGAGAUUAUCAGCUGAAAUUGGCGAAAAUAUUGGAAAGCAAUAGGUUGGUUUAUACCAGCAUUCAAAACUGGCCUCUCUCGCAGCACAGUGAAGACGUGGCAGAUACUUGUCAGAUGAAGCUUUUGAUCGAUGAGAUUCCACAGAAAAGUCUGGAAUCGACCAUGCGAAGUGCGAAAAAAACCUUUCAGAUGCUCGAAAUGAUACACGACAUCAAGGCUGGACGGUCGUUGCAACACAAGCUAAAACCGGAUGCAAUCAAUGAGUUGCAAAAUGCAAGUAGUAAAGAUCUGGGAGUGGUAUGCGAUGUGUGGUUAAAUGAGCAAAACUGUGCUUCGAAUGGGGAUAAUCAAUCCAGCAGCAGUGACAGUGUUCCUGACGCUUCACGGCAGUGCGGACAUUGUUCUUCAUCGAAAACGCCCGAAUGGCGACGGGGCCCAAAGGGGAAAAGGAGCUUGUGCAACGCAUGCGGGUUGUUUUACAAGAAAUUGGUUACCAAAUUUGGUGUUGAGCAAGCGGCGUUGAUUCUCAGCCAAAGGAAAAGACAUUCUGUUUUGGACCGGCGAGUACCCAAAAUGCUCUGA